GCGGGGCGGGCGGCGGGGAGCCUGCUGUCGGGGCGCGGCGAGGAUGGGCUGAGCCCGGCUCUCCGCCGAGGAGGAUGCGGCGCCCGGGGCUGCUCCUGGCUUGGCUGCUGCUGCUGCUCGCUCUGUGGGUCCCGCUGCGGAGCUGCCCGGUGCCGGUGCGGGGCUGCAAGUGCGCGGGCGGGGAGCGGGGCAAGGGCUCCUCGGCAGCCCGGAGGAGGGUCAGCUGCAGCGGGGGAGACGCCACCGACACGCCGCCCGCCAGCCUCCUUCCCAACGGCACCGUCGCCCUGCUCUUGAGCAACAACAAGAUAACAACCCUAAAGAAUGCCUCUUUCUUUGGACUACAUGCUCUUGAGAAGCUGGAUCUAAAGAACAACCUGAUUAGCACCAUCCAGCCUGGAGCUUUCCUUGGUCUCUCCGAUCUGAAACGUCUAGAUCUCUCUAACAAUCGCAUCGGCUGCCUCAACACUGACAUCUUCCAGGGUCUGACCAGUCUCAUCCGUUUGAACAUGUCAGGGAAUAUUUUCUCCAGCCUCCACUACGGAGUCUUCGAUGAGCUAAUAUCUUUGAAAGUACUUGACUUUGCCACGGAACACCUGACAUGCGACUGCAACUUGCGUUGGGUCCUGGCCUGGUCAAAGAAUCAUUCCGUCCAGAUAUCUGACAAGACCUUGUGCAUCUACCCCAGCAACCUACAUGGGAAGCCGCUACGGAAUACCAGAGAGGGCCAGAUGCGCUGUGAAGGGGCUCCGGAGCUACACACCCACCAGCUAAUCCCAUCCUUGCGACAGGUUGUUUUCCAAGGUGACCGCCUGCCUUUCCAGUGUACAGCCACCUACCUGGACAAUAGUACACACAUCAUUUGGUACCACAACCAUGCCCUGGUGCAGGAAGAUGAACACAGUGGUGUGAUCCUGGAAGAGAGCCUUGUCCAUGAUUGCACCUUUAUCACAAGCGAGCUCAUCCUGUCCAACAUCCAUGUCUCAGCCAGUGGUGAAUGGGAGUGCAUCAUCCUCACUGCUCAGGGCAACGUUAGCAAGAAAGUGGAGAUCGUUGUGCUGGAGACAUCGGCAUCCUACUGCCCACCUGAGCGAGUUGCCAACAACCGUGGAGAUUUCAGAUGGCCACGGACGUUGGCUGGCAUUACGGCAUACCAGUCCUGCCUCCAGCACCCCUUCACCUCCGGGAAUGGCGGGCCCAGCCGCGAGAAGCAAGCCUGGAGGCGCUGCGACCGCACAGGACGCUGGGAAGAGGGGAACUACUCCCAUUGCCUGUACACCAAUGAUAUUACCCGCGUUCUCUACACCUUUGUUUUGAUGCCCAUCAAUGCUUCCAAUGCACUGACCCUGGCUCACCAACUGCGUGUCUACACAGCUGAAGCGGCAAACUUUUCAGACAUGAUGGAUGUAAUCUAUGUGUCCCAAAUGAUUGAAAAAUUCACUGGUUAUGUGGACCAGAUCAAGCAGCUCAUGGAUGUCAUUGUGGAGAUGGCCAGCAACAUGAUGCUAGUGGAUGACCACGUUCUUUGGAUGGCUCAGAUCGAGGACAAGGCCUGCACCAGUAUCGUUCGUUCUCUGGAAAAGAUUGCCAGCUACACCCUCAGCUCUAAUUCUCAGCAUGUGGCUGUGAACUCCAGGAAUAUCGCUUUUGAGGCUUACUUGAUCAAGCCAGAUAGCUAUGUGGGCCUGAGCUGCACAGCCUUUCAGAAGCGGGACAUGAUGCUCGGUGGCCGCCCCCCACGGCAGGAGCGGUACACGGAGCCCUUGGCAGACCAACAGAUCAAGUUCCGCUGCACAACAGGCCGGCCAAACAUCUCCCUGACCAGCUUCCACAUCAAGAACAGCAUCGCUCUGGCCUCCAUUCAGCUGCCUCCUGGCCUCUUCUCCCCACCGGCACCUUCCCACCCCCCACCUCCCCAGUGCAAGCUACAGUUCCUGGUUUUCCGAAAUGGCAAGCUCUUCCGCAGCAUUGGAAACUCUUCGCACCUGGCUGAUGAUGGCAAGCGGCGUAGCGUGGCCACGCCAGUGAUCUAUGCAGGCACACGUGGCUGUGGAGUGAGCAACCUGACUGAACCUGUCCUCAUUUCUCUGCGGCAUUUGGACGAAGGGAUGGACCAUGUGGCUGCUUAUUGGGACUUUGACAUUCUGGGGGGCUACGGGGGCUGGAGAAUGGAAGGCUGCCAACUGAUUGGCCAGGGGCCCAACGUCACCACCAUGAGCUGCCGGCACCUCAGUAACGCGGCUGUGCUGAUGGAGCUGAGCAAUUUCCCGCGAGAGUCGCAGAGCCCAACAGAAGUGCUGCACCCUGUCAUUUAUAGCUGCACUGCCCUCCUUCUCCUGUGCCUCUUCACCACCAUCAUCACCUACAUCAUUAACCACAGCACCAUUCACAUCUCCCGUAAGUGCUGGCACAUGCUGCUGAAUCUGUGUUUCCACAUCGCCAUGACAUCAGCCGUAUUUGCAGGUGGCAUCACCCUCACCAACUAUGUAGUCAUCUGCCAAGCAGUUGGCAUCAUUCUCCACUAUUCCUCCUUAUCUACACUUUUAUGGAUGGCAGUGAUGGCACGAGUGAUCUAUAAGGAGGCCAUGUGGAAGGCGCCACAGCUACAGGAAGGGGAAACACCCCCGCCAGCCCCACGCCCAAUGCUGCGAUUCUACUUGAUUGCUGGUGGGAUCCCUCUAAUUAUCUGCGGGAUAACAGCUGCAGUCAACAUCCACAAUUAUGGAGAUCGUGAGUUCUAUUGCUGGCUGGCUUGUCGGCCAAGCAUUGGGGCCUUCUACGUGCCUGCCGCUUUCAUUGUGCUUGUCACCUGGAUCUACUUCCUGUGUGCUGGAAUCUGUUUGAAGUGCCAAUCCAAGAAACCCAAAGAGGUGCCCAAGCCCUUGGAAACUCAGCAGCACCUCGGUGGCAGCAGCAAUCUUUUAACUGACUCGGGUUCCAUCUCUGUCACGCUGAAUUCUGGGCCACAUGCUGUCGAAGUAGACGGGGUCUACUCCCUAGGGGUACAGUUCUGGGCCCUUGUGAUCACCCAUUUUCUGUACAUCAGCCUUUGGAUGUUUGGGGCCAUGGCGGUUUCCCAGCGCUGGUUCCUCCUCAAAGUCAUCUUCAGUUGCCUCUAUGGAGUGAUAGCUGGCGGUUUGGGGCUCUUCAUCUUUGUCUACCACUGUGCCCGCCGUCAGGAUGUGCAGAGUUCAUGGUUUGCCUGCUGUCCAUCUUAUAGGAAUGCUUUACCCAUGCAAGCCUAUGUGCACCCUGGGGUGGGUGUGGAGGAUGGUUCCCAGAUCUUCAUUGGCUGCAGCCCUGAGGUGGCCCCAUCUGUCAAGUCUUCGUCCUCCCCCAGCAGCACUAACUCAGCCCCAGGACCUUGCAAGCUUAACAACUUGCAAGUGGCCCUUAGCCAGGCAGAUGUGAACCCUUUGCCACCUGUCUGCUGUGAAGAGGCCGAGCCUUCCAAUAGCAAGAGUACCCCCCCAGCCAGGUAUGCCAACAACUUGCAUGGGCGCAGUCGGCACCACAAAAGUCGGACUAAGCAGUACCGAGAAGGGAAACACCAGCGCCUGAAGGUGCUACGGGGACCUUCUUCAGAGCAUCCCACCAGUGAAAGUGGGAGUCUCCACAACAGCCAUUCAGAGAGUUACCAAAGUAGUCGGAACAGCCCGCUGAACAAUUGGUAUCCAGGGGUGGUACCAAAUCUGGAGUCAGCCCUGACGCAGUCCGACUUGAGUGAUGGCAGCGGUGGCCAUCAGUCAUCAGAUUUUGGCCGUGCCAAACAGAGAAGCGCCAGCAGAGACAAUCUCAAGCACCAAGCUAAUGCCCCUAUGGAAAAAGAGACUAAGAGGCGAUCGUUCCCGCUCAAUACCACCAAUCAGAACGGGGGCCUGAAGGGCAGCAAAUAUGACAUUAACCUCACAAGUACUGACAGUGCAGCUGGCAUGAAAACAGGCCUCUGGAAGAGCGAGACGACAGUAUAGGGGAAGCCCAAAGGGCUGGGUGACAACCCCAGCCCUUAUUUCCCAGGCAGAAAGCUGUAAGGCACAGUAUCUUAUUGCCAAAGCAAGCUGCCAAAAUGGCUGUUAUGCACUAUUAUAUACACUCAGGCAGUUUAAACAGGAGUGAUCAUACUCCUUGCCGGAGUGCCUGCAGUACAGAGGAAAGUCCACCGGAUAUUUGAGUGGCAGAGGUGGUUGGGCAUGUCUGUGUAUCACAUCACAAGCUGCACAGGGCACACCCUAUCUUUGUUGAUGAAUGCACCAGCUAAUGCUAGUCGGAGGGGAACAUUUCUGUUUCCCUGGAAUGAGAAGCAGAUGACUAUUCCACAAGGCACUAAGGUUUGUGAGGUGGAAGACAAUCAUUUAGGCUUUUUAAAAAGCAUUCUGGAGCGUUGCAAUCUUAUAUCCCUUUUGCAUGUCACAUAGAUCCCCAAUUGCUUUUGUAUAAUAUACUGAAGGCAGUAUUAUUUAUAAGCUGAAAGCUCUAGUAUCUUAUGUACAUGUGUAUAGGCCAAAUGUGCUAUUUGAUGAAAGUGCCUGCAGACGUUUUGUCAAAACAGUCCAUGUUCUUUAAAGGAGGUGUCACCUCCAGCUGAGCUCAGGGCCACAUCUUGUGUCUAGUUUUGGCUCAUCUUGGGUGCCAUGAAUGAACCUGCUUGCUUUGACACAGCUCUGCAACACAUGAGGAACGGAAGGUGAUGUGCACACAUAUUAUUUCCAUUCCAUGAUCCACAGGAUGACAAUCCAUUCUCCUUGACAACUCUUUUUCUAAAUAGAAGAGUUUUACUUUUAUUUUUGUACCAGUUAAGCAUCCAUGAAAGUGAAAAUUAAGUCUAUAUCUUGCAGGAUUUUGUAUAUAAACUUGCAAAAAUCUGUGAUUGUUUGCACCAUAAUCAAAAAGUCAGCAAUUCUGGCUAGCCAUGCUCUGUCCCCAUAUAUUUUUGGGAAAGGCCAGGUGAGAAGAGCAUGUGUCCAUGGCUUCUGCUACCCAAAAAUGCACAUAGCACCAUGUGCCCCUCUCUUUUUCCAAAAGAAGGGAAUGUUGUGUGCCAUUGCCCAGAAGUGCUGUCGUAUAUUCAGGAAGCAGCAGACAGUGCUUUCCAUUACCCCCCCUUUUUUUUUUUUUUUUGCUCAUGAACAUGAAAACCCAGCUGGGGAAGAUGAGUUGUCAAUGAAUUCUACCUGAAGCAAGGUAGACUGUUUCCUUCUACCUUUGGAGUUGGAGGAUUGGCAGAGAGCAUAGCACAAAUGGGCCAGAUCCUGUUGGUGACAUAUGUUCAGAUGUUUCUUAACACUGACAUUCAGUGCUUCCUUGCACAAUCAAUUUAAAGGCCGAAGAAGAGCAUGGGACACAUAGGCAACAGUUCUCCAGUAGGGAGGAAAGAGUUGGAAUUCUUAUUAGUUAGACUUUCCUCUGAAAACAGAUGUAUCGGGGCACUUCCACACAGCGCCAAAACCCACACUGCAGCGGAUUUAAGUAACUUGCUUCUGCACGGGUUCCUGUCCCCACUCCCUCACCCAAGCCCCAGGCUUACCCAGGGAGGUGGCUACAUGCCAUCCCAAUUGAAAUUGGGAUGACAUGAAGCCACCUUUAGCCCCCCCUAAUUUUCCACUAAAAAUUAAUUAAAAAGUACCUCGCUGCCAUAAAGAUUUACCUUGCAUCCUCCUGGUAUGAGGAAAUAACGCCUGAAGAGAUGGGAGGGGGGGGGGGAGAAGGAACCCCUCCCCCCUGAGUCUUCUCACACAUCAUUUUGUUGCGCCAGGAGGACGUGAGGAAAACCUUAAUGGUAGCAAGGUACCUUUUGACUUUCAGGAAGCCCUGUAACAAACACAGGAAACCCUGGUUUGUUCUCAAUUUGUUUUUACUGGAGGCGUCAUGUGGAUGCCUCUGAUAAAAACCAAGACAGGUCCCAGUUUUUGGGCCUGUCUGGAUGUACCCCUAGAUUGCUGUAUAUUAAUGAAAUUAAUAAUUAAUUGGACUGCAGAUUACAGAUUAAUAACCUAAGUUACAUACAAGCACUUACCAGAGCUGCUUAAAAGCAUUAUUCUCAUUUCUCCAGUGGAGAGUUCUCUUGCCUAUGUUGACUGUUAAUGUCAAGUAUGCUUCUUUUUUCGGAAAUAUUGUUCUUCUGCUUGUUCACUAUGAAAUCACACAAAUGAUACAGACACCAAGACUCAUUUGUGUGCAUUCAUAGGUCAAUAUAUCCCAUCAUGCUAGCACAUUAUUUCAGAAAGGAUGAUGCCACAGAAGGGCAUCUUCCACAAUAACAUGUAUAAUCUGUAAAAGCAGAAAGAAUAUGAAGAGGUUAGCCGUAUGUGUUGCUUUACAGAGUCCUCUCUUUAAAGGGUCAGUUUGGUUUAUAAUUAAAGAUACAGGAUCCCUGAAUUUGUCAAUGAAUAGUACACCUGAGUAGCAGAACCACAGGUCACCUGGUUACAAUUGUCUCCCAAAUUUGGGCAGGGACUACACAUGAGAAACAAAUGUAGUCUUGGUAUACGUACCUACACAAAACAGAACUCUUGUACCUUAUUCUUACCACUCCAUGAUAGUAUAAGCAGAGAACCACAUUUUUGUAACAGAAAGCAAAAAAGUAGAAAUAGCCUUCUGUAUGAGCCGAUACUAGCCGCUUCCUUGCCUAUAUAAAAACCUACCUCCAAGGAACUACAGGAUUGUUUUAGCCCAACUUGUAUGGGGCUUCAAGCCAAGAAAAAUAAGCUAUGGGUCAGUAAGGAUCUGCACUGGCUCAGGCCUGCCUUUGAAAAUUGUAGCCAAUGAGAUUAUAUAGCACUUAAUCCCCGAAUCUCCCAAAAACUGUUGACAGGUGCUUCUUUCUGUCUUGCCUUAGGGUUACUCCUUCUCUCCUAUCUCUGGAAAGAACCGCCUUCUUGGUUUUGUAUGUAUCUUUAAUAAAGCCUCAAUCAUUUAUAGGUCAGUACUACAACUCGCAUAUUGGCGUUGCUGAAUUUGUUUAUAUAUGCUUGCUACACCGAAACAGUAUUAUUGGAAAAGCUUUGUAUUUGUUCAUUUGUUUACAUUAUAAGCGAAAAUGACAUAUCAGACAGAAAACUCUUUGAGAGAUAACUGUGCCAAAGAAAGCAUUUAAAAUAGUUGUUUUGUGUGUUUGAUUGGGGUUUUUUGUUUUGCAUUUUAUAUUAAUGAACUGUUUCUAGCAGAUGUUUCUUCUUUAAUAUAUUAAAGAUUUGCAACAUCCAAUAA